GCAGUAACACUUGGAGCGCCUGUUGAGUGUGUUGAUAGUCAGUUAAAAAGCUGUUCUUGAUCAGUGUUCAGUCUUAGCAUUGGCAAUAAGAUGAUGUUUCGUUGUUGUUUCCUCGUCGCCGUCACCUGCCUAUUUGCCGCUCGAUCCGCACGAGCAGCAUACGCCGACGAAUGUCAAACCUUGAGUGGAGAGCGGGGCCAAUGCUUGCCAUUUUCCUCCUGCAGGGACAUCGAGCAGCGUCUCUUGGCCGCCCAAAAUACUGGGGAACAAGUGACACCGGAAUUAGCCAACUUUCUGCAGAAGGCGUCCUGCGGUGAAUUCGAUAAAGUGCGCCACUUUUGCUGUCCGAUGCACCAAAUCCAGCACAACUCCAAGGUUAUGGAGGUGUUUACGAGUUCCAAUUUCAGCUGCGGCUCCAUUCUCAAUCAGCGCGUGGCCAAUGGCCAUGAGGUUAAGCUCUCCUCCAGACCCUGGAUGGCCUUGCUCAACUACAAGACCUUUGACCAAUCUCGUUUCCUUUGUGGCGGCACUCUCAUCUCGAACCGUUAUAUUCUAACCGCCGCUCAUUGCGUAUAUGGAUUGGAGAAUUCGCUCUAUGAAAUUCGUUUAGGCGAACAUCGCAUUUCCACGGAGAAGGACUGCCGAAGGCUGGGACGCAGGGAGAAGUGCGCUCCGCCAGUGUUGGAUGUGGGCAUUGAAAAGAUGAUUCUGCAUGAGAAAUACGACACCAGGCGCAUUACCAAUGACAUUGCCCUGCUGCGUCUGAAUAAAACCGUUGAAUUCCAGAAGCACAUUAAGCCCAUUUGCUUGCCGAUCAACGAUGAAUUGAAGGGACAAUCAGAAACCAUGUCCAACUACUUUGUCACCGGCUGGGGCACCACCGAGAAAGGUUCCGCCUCGGAUGUGCUGCUGCAGGCGAGUGUGCCCAUCCAGAGCCGUUCUACGUGCUCACAGGCCUAUCGCCGCGAGGUACUCCACACUCAACUGUGUGUGGGCGGUGGAGAUCUGCAGGACUCGUGCAAGGGUGACUCUGGCGGGCCCCUACAGGCACCCGCUCUCUACCUGGACGAGUAUAAGCUGCGCAUGGUGGUGUUCGGCAUUGUUAGUCAGGGUGUCAAGUCGUGCGGCCAGAUCAGCCUGCCGGGCCUUUACACUAAUGUGGCUGACUAUGUGCAGUGGAUAACGGACACCAUGGCCAGACAUGGACUCCAGUAACUCGUAUGGAGUCUUGCGGUUACACCUCAUUAAUGACACCUACAUACAUAAGUGUUGCCUGUAAGGGAGCACCUGCUAAUAAUGAAAUUCAUUGUUUCUAAACUAAUUUAAAUACGCAAAUAUAUUCUUUAUAUUUUUUAUUGAAA